AAAGCACGGGCUAAAAGCACGCCAUUUUUGAACGGUUGAGUUGGUGGGUAGAAAUCGUAUAGUAAACGCUUACUUCUUGUGUUCAUUUGCGUAAAAUCUGCUUUCAAAGAUGUCGUCAGAAAAGAUAAAUACUCGAGUCAUCCAAGUGACUAAUGUUGCGCCUGCUGCAUCAAAAGAUCAAAUGAAGACACUUUUCGGCUACAUCGGCAGAAUUGAUGAAAUCAAAUUGUACCCUCCUGAAGCCAUUCUCCCAGAUCCCGAGGACCCCAUGAUGCAAACAGAGAGCCAUGUUACCCCAAAGGUGUGCUAUGUCAAGUUUGAUGAUGUCACAAGUACUGGUGUUGCCAUGCAUCUCACCAACACCGUCUUCAUUGACCGUGCUCUCAUUAUUGUUCCUGUCAUGGAUGGGAAAAUCCCGGAGGAGAGUGUUGCUCUACAGCUUGCUCCCUCUGCUAUUGCCGGUAUGAUGCCAGGACAACCUACUUGGCCCAGUAAUGUAAUGAGUCAGAUGACUGGAAUUGGGUCAGGCCAGAUAAUCACAACUUACGACCCGCGUAUGACAGCCUUGGGACUGUCUCAGUAUCCUCCUCUUCCAGGAACCACUGACCCAACUAAGAUAGAGGAGAUUCGACGGACAGUGUAUAUUGGCAACCUUGACCAGACUGUUGCUGCUGAUCAGCUUCUGAAGUUUUUCUCUCAAGUUGGGGAAAUUAAAUAUGUGAGAAUGGCUGGUGAUGAAAGCAUGCUGUCUCGUUUUGCUUUUGUGGAGUUUACAGACCAGAGAUCUGUGGCCACAGCUCUCACUUACAAUGGAGUGGUAUUCCAGGGUAGGCCAAUCACUGUCGGUCAUGCAACCAAUGCCAUCUCCAAGCCUAUCACCAAAACCCAACAGGCAGCCCAGCGGGAGAUAGAGGAAGCCAUGAAGAAAGUGAAGGAAGCCCAGUCUCUCAUCACAGCUGCUGUCGACGACAAAGGAAGAGACAGAAGUAGGUCACGUUCCACUAAACGAUACCGAUCAAGAUCACGAUCAAGGAGGCGCAGUCGGUCUAAGUCACGAAAGCGUGACCGUUCCCGUAAAAGGUCAAAGUCUAAAAAACGGUCUAGGUCAAGGUCACGAAAGAGGUCAAGGUCGCGAAGAUCUAGGUCAAGGAAGCGUUCCAGAUCAAGGUCAAGGACUCGCAAAAGGUCACGCAAGAGGUCACGUGACAAAUCUCGUCACAGGAGUCGAUCAAAGUCCAAAACACGAAGCAAACGGUCAAGAUCAAGAUCAAGAUCGAAGGAAGGUACUGCUAAAAUAUCCAAGCAGGGAUCGACUGAAAAAUCCAAGCAAGGGUCAACUGAAAAAAGUACCGACGAGAAAGGAAAGAACUAUUUCCCCACCAGGGGUCCACUGCGGGGUCAAAUCAUCUUCCCAAUCAGGCGUAAGUCAAGGACACCUCCCAGAGCCUAUAGUCGACGCUCAAGGUCAAGGAGUCGAAGAAGAAGCCGUACACCAAAGCGUUCACGAUCCAUAGAAAAGAAGAAGUCACUGUCACCACCUAAACUGGAAAGGGAGGAUAACAAACCUGGCAAACAGAAGGAUGGAACGGAGGCUCCCCCCGCACUCACAGAUUCCCCUACUGAAGUGGCCAGCACUACCAAACCUGGCAAUAGCCCCUCUCAACCUUCCGAUGAGGUCAAAACAGAGCCCAAACACAGGUCCUCUAGUGAGACUCGCAGCAAAAGUCGUAGCCCUGUAAGGAAAGCUUCUACAAGCCCAAGGAGGGUGUCACAUAGUCCAAGAAAGGUCUCUCGCAGCCCCCCGCCGAGAAAAGUGUCUCGUAGCCCUGUAAAGAGGUCAUCCCGAAGUCCUCGUAGAAGCCCACGCAGGUCAUCUCGUAGUCCUCGUCGAAUCAGAAGGUCCCGCAGUCGUAGCCGAAGCAGAGGGAAGAAGGUGAGUAAGAGGAAUCGACGCAGCAGGAGUACAUCUCGCAGAAGGUCCCGCUCUACAUCUCGUCACAAGUCUAGGAAGGACAAAAAGCGUGAUCGCAGCCAAAACAGGGAUCGUGACCGUGAUCGUGACCGCGACAGGGAAGGGAAGAAAAAACGUCACAAGGACAAAGAUAAGGAACGUGAUCGCGAUGACAAGCACAAGGAGUCAAAAGCCAAGGACACCAAGGUCAUACGUAACUACGAUGAGGAAGAGAAAUUGCUUGAGAACAGUAACAGCGACUCUGAGGAGAAACCAGUGAAAUCGACUCCUUCAGACAGUAAUCUACAGCCUGUAGAUAUGGAUAUGAGUGAUUAGUGUAAACCUGGCACCACACAGACUGCUUAGUUUAUCUUAUAAGGAUUCAGGAUAUUUACAGAACUCUAAGGAAAAUUUCUGCACAAAAAUUAGAAUUCAAAAAUUAUUAGUUUUGCUUUAUUUUGUGAAGAAUUCAGGAUAUUUACAGAACUGUUUGAAAAUUUCUUUAAUUCAGAAACUUAGAAUUCAGAAAUGAUAAUAGAGUUUUGCUUUAGAUUUGUUAAGGAAUGAAUUAUUUGUGUUAAUAUUCAAACAGACAAUACAAAUUGUUAAUCACUUGAUGAUUCCACUUGUCUUUAAAAAUGAACGUUGCAUUGUGGUUUCUAGCAUCUACUUUUUACACACAGAAAUUAAAACUUCUUUAAUCUUUAAAAGUCCAUUUUCUUUCAAUAGGUAGAUUAUUUUUAAUCAAAUGAUGAACAGUUACAUUUAUCUGUAUGGAAGCUUGUAUACAAACAAGUGAUGAACAUUUUUUAAAAAUAAAUGAAGUUUAUGUAUUUGUUGUAAAAGUUUUAUUAGAAUUGUGCAGGACAACUAAAAAGUAACAUCAUGUUAUCUGCCCUUGUUUUAAUGUGGAAUAGAUAAACUGUCAAUCUAGGUAAUGACAGAAAGUUGAUCCAUGCCAUCAGUAUCCAGCAACAGAAAAUAGAUAAAUGUGAUAUGAGGUGUGAUGAUGAAGGUUUACAUUGGACACCUAUUCAACAAUACAAAAUGACGAUACACCAGCUGGAGGGUAAGCACUGGUACAUCUGUGCUUAUUAUGCUUAUUAGUAACGAAGCGAUGGAAUCUUAAAUUUGUAAAUAUGGUGAAACAAAUUCUUUAACAAUUCCAAAUAGUUAAUAGAAUGCUUUUAAAUUAAUAUAGAACAAGGCAUUAGAUACAGAGUGUUGUACAUUUAAAUUCAGUUGUACCAGUUUGAAACAUUCUAAAACAUAUCCCUCUCUGAACAAAGCCUAACAAACAACACUUUCACCGAUACCAGUUUUAUUUGAUAUACACUGCCAUACGAAAAAAGGAAUUAUGAAUUACUACUUACUAUUGUCUGGUCAUUGCAUUAACAAACACGGAUGUACACUUUCAAUUUUACCAGACAUGGCUGUAAAUUAAUUAAAUAGGGUGAUUUGAACGUGUACUGUCCUACAACAACGUCAUUGUAACUAGCAUAUAUUUAAUGUAUCACAUUUCUUUUUCUUCUGUAAAUGAACUAUCCGAGCAUAACUGUUUUACCCUUUAUCAAUGUUUUUAAAUUGUGGUUUCCUUUUUUGAAAUUAAUUGCCUGGAAAUAAAAUCAAGACAAUUUGAAAAAUUAAUCAAAUAUGAUACAAGUAAUGACCAGAAAUAUAAGGACUAAUUCACAGUGGGUGACAUGUUAAAAACCGUGCUACAUUUUUCUUUUUUAAACAUUUUAUAACUUGGAUAAUAAGAGGCUGUUUUGGUCAAUAACUUAACUCUUAUAAAAUACACAUAUACUUAGGUGUAUACUUGCCUGGUCAUACAAAGCCAAUAAAUUUGCAAAUAACAUGAAAUUUUUGUGUGAUAUGUUAAUCUGGCAACAUAUGGACCUAUCUCGGGUGGCUAAAAAAUACACAAAAUAUUGGCAUAUUUUUAGACAAAAAAUGAGACAAUAAGAAAAACAUAACAAGAAUAAUAGUAAUGUUUUGUGUACUAAUAAAACAAUUUAAAUAUAUUAGUGGUGUUGUUCUUUCUAUACUGAACCAGCGUAUAAAUUAUAGCCUAUUUGCUGGUACUUUACUUGAAAUUAAGUAAAGAAGGCACAUCUAGAUUGUUUUAUGUCUUCCCUUCGAAUCAAGGGAGAAGUACUUUGUUAUUGCUGGUUUCUCUAAUAAUUUCUUUUCAGGGAAACUGUUAAAGAUAUCUUGAUGAAAUUUGCAGUAUUUGCAUCAGCCACAGGCAAUUUGCAGUGCACUGUCAAUAGGUCUCUGUAAUAUUUACCUCAUCAAAGGACAUAUAAAUGCAAAAUUUUCAGUAUCAUCUAGUCAACAUCUUUCAACCAUAAAGAUACUUUAUGAAUCUUGCUAACUAUGCAACAAACGCCCUUACCUAUUAUGUCCCCAGACAUGCAUCCAUAAAAUUAAUUCCCUAUUAUUUGUAUGAUAGGGAUGUAUCUAAAUCAAUGUUAAGUGCAUUAAGUUCAUUAAUAGGUAAAAGUUACACCAUAGUACAAAUCUGAUAUCAUGGACUGGACAAAGCCCAACGUCUGGUAUAAAAAAAAAAACAGUGCUAGACUCGUUUGAUAUCAUUACCUGUUAAUGGAGAACAUUUGGUAAACAGGUUGAGAAUACCAUGGGGAUAUUGCUGUAGCAAUAUUAGGUUUACAUGUUGUAGGAUUCAAAAUGAUUAUCAUAAUAAAAUAUACACACAAAUACACAUUUCUGCAGUCAUGUAACACACUGAAUAAAUGGGGCAAAAAUCUGAUGGCAUCACAAAUUCAAGACAAAGCUGUUCUGAAUAUUCUUUUUAAAAGUUGUUCAUGGUUUUGAACAGCAAACAAGAAUAGGAAUACCAAUCCAUCUUACAGUUCUCCCUAAAGUUUAUGUCUUGAAAAUCAUGCAUUACCAUGUCAACCAGCUGAUUUUCUUAUUACAUGUAUUUACAAUGAGAUUUACACUAAAUGUUUACAUAUUAUCAGUGUCAAAAAAGAAAAAAAACACGAGAAAAAGUAUAGGUACUGAGUAGUUGACAAAACAAUAGCAACAUUCUGGAAUCUUAUCUUUUUUUAAGAGUUUUUUCCUGAAGAAUAUAAAAACAGUGUAUAUCAAUAUUGGGUUAUGUUACAUAUAUACUGACAGACCAUGUAAUAUCUGCAAACGACAAACCUAAAUGAUUCUUAACGUUAUUAGGAAAUAAAACCGCUAGUAAAGCAGAAAUAAUGGAUUCUAAUAAAAUUCCGCUAAAUAAACUGCAUGUCUCAUUUAAAAUUCAUACUGUACCGGGAUAUACAUGUCAUAUACAGAAGCUGAAGUAUUACAGGGGCUCAUUGAAACCCGGGUUACUCCUUUUAUGGCAGCAGGCCAAAACGUUUUCACGUUAAAUUCCACCCCUCGGACUUUUCUCGCUAUCCUGGAUCGGCAAUGGUAGGCAAUUCCAUCUACAAGAACUGUCCAUGUCAACAGUUUCAAUGAAUAUAGACACGACCAAGAGAAAAUAAUGUCAACCAAAAUAUUGUGUCCCCUGGGCCUGAUAAACGUACACAAUUUAAGAUUUACUUUUCUUAAUGUAUUUAAUGAGGGACAUAAUGAUAUCACUAAACAUUGUGUACUUCUAUGGAGUUAACGGUUGCUUUGGUUACACCAGUAUAAAGCGAUUGCUAUACUACGGGAUGUAUCUGACGACGUGGAUGUGUCCAUCACUCUGAGCGACCCACAGCCAGUUAAUGUUGUCAAUGCCAACUGCGGUUGGAUACACCGGUCCGUCGUAUUCCGUCAUCAAGAAUUUUUGGAACUUUCCUUCGCAUGUUAACUGGUGAAUGGUGUGGUUCCAGUAAUCGGAAACGAUAAGACGGUCGUCUUGAUCCUUGCAUAGUCCUCUGGGAUGGAAUAUUUUGGCUGGCUCAGGUCCUAUAACUCCCUCAUAUUUUCCCCCAGUUUCUAUAUUCACGACAUUUCCUGGCUGGAACUGAAUCAGGGGAAGUUCCUGGGAAGUGUCCAGCAUGUAAAAGGCCGAUGCUGUGUGGACACUCUCGCUGCGUUGUUCUCUAUAACGCUUGCUAUUGUUUAGAAUUGAUAAUUUGAUACCGUUGUUGUUGUAUUCAUGAAAUUGUUCUUCUUUUUCAUAUCCUGUUACUUCCAUGGCCAGUAGAAUCAUUCCAGAAUGUGAGAUGCGAAUAGUUUGCAGAGAAUACUUGUAAUUCUGGUCAGUUUUGAAAUCAACAAAGUGAUGUAACUGACCAUCCGAUGUCACACGUUUGAUGGCGGUACUGCAGGUCUGUUGUACGUAUAUUCCGCGUUCUGUGACGGGAGUGAUGUACUUUACAUUGGUCAUAACCGGAAUAAUGUCCGUCUGCAUGUAUUUAACCAGUGUUGUAUCGACAAGGUACAGCUUGUUUGUCGUUACCACAAAGGCUUUUUUGGCGCUUAUCGGCGAGAUCUGAUCAAUUUGUGAAUCACAAAACCUGAACUUGGUAGAUGUUUUACUAGGACUGUCUAACGAAGCAGUUCCAGUCACUUGGCCAAACCACUGCUCCAUUUUAUCAGCAUUCCCCAUUUCUGUGCUAAACGUUAGCGAUUUCCCUUCAUGAGAACCUUCCAAUG